AGCGACUGGCGAAUACCGUCCAGUACCCCCCUGCCCACCACGGACAACUAGAUCGUCCGACAUUUAUACGAGGGUUGUAUUUGUUGGAGCGAUAACGGUUGAUAGACGGCUAUGUCCGCACAUAACCACAUAUCCAGAGGGCCGUGGCCCGUUCUCUCUCGGUUGAGAGAUCGACCGGAACAUUCGAGUAUGGCAUAUAAUCAUAUAUCGCCAAGGAGAUUGGACCGUAGGUGGGAUUACAAGGGGUGUCCGGCAGGACUGCGUCAAAUUUCAAUUCGGAGGACAAGUAGGGCCGAACCAACGCCCGCCGCAGCCUCCGGAUGCACCCCCAACCGCCCCCGGCAGCAUCCGACCGUGGAAAAAGAAGAGAACAGAGGAAGAAUGCGUAUCCAGGUCUUAAACAACCCGCAGCCUCCCGCCCGCUCGGCGGCCAUUGGCGGAGAAACUCCCGUUUCCAUGGAAACGAGGAGGGAACGGGCCUCCGAGCCGGCCUGAUUCAUCGGCACCUAGAGAUGUUUUAAUGUUGCCUUUAUUCAAAUUAACGGCCUCCAAUAUUUUAUAAGAAUAAAACUCCGAAGCGCCGUACGUCUCUUAAAUUGGUCUGCAUGCCUCGGGAGAACGAGGAGUUUUCCCCCCCGGUCCCCCCCCCGACCCCGGUCGGAAGAUACGAGGUUACGGGCGCGCCGGACCCCCUCGCUGCGCCCGUAAAUCAGGUGGGCCUCCGGGCGGAAUUUCUCGUUUUCCGCUUAUCGUCCAACUCGGGAACGAUGGUGGAUAAACACCUAUCUGCGUUUUUGUCGUAAGGUCGCGGCGGGUCUUCUUUUUAUUUUUUACGGCAGGCCGUAAUGAAUUCUCGCGGGGGGGACCUUGAUUGGGUCGUUGGGAACGGGUCCGGUCGACUACCGUGCGGAAAAAACGGUCGCGUGGGUUUGCGUAUUACGUUACCGGUCCAUUAGGACGAUCGGAGUCGAUUAUAUUAUCGGAUUUAUUCAAUCCGUUCGAUAGCGAUGUAAAUAUGGGGUGUCCGGUGUGGGAAAGUCGUAGAAGUGCUUUAAAGUGGGUGGUUUCGAUGUUCUCGAUGAAAAAAACUCUUUUCCUACAGGCGUUUUGAAAGUAUCACUUUCCAGAUACAUUCAAGCACAUGAAU